AUGGCAUACAACCCUUUUUUGAGUAUCAAUGAACCAGCAACUCCCAUUACUGCUGAAGUUCUUAAUCCUUUUAUGGUGACGGCCAAUAAUGACCAUGAAGACAUGGCUGGAGGCGAUAAUCCAUUUGCCGCAAGCAAUCCUUUUUCUGAUUUUGAUAAUAGUUAUGAACCACCCGUGGGAGAUACAGUUCCCAUAGACAUAUUUGGCAACUCUGAGCCUGUUAACAUGGGUGCUAAGCAAUUCGAUGAUAACAGCUCCACAAAUAUUUUCCAUCAAAGUAUCGAAGAACCUUUACCAAACGAAAUAGUUGUCAAACCAACAGAAUUAGAUCUGGUUUCUAUUAGAGAAAACGAUAGUUUCACACCAAUUAUUACAACCAACAAUCAAGAUCUUGUGAGACCAGUUCCACAAGAAACUCAAAAUUUGAUUCUUAGUGUCACAGGUCAAAUGGAGUUUACUAGUUCACAUUUGCUUAAUCGUAUACCACCUACAAGAACGCCGAGUCCAGUUUCGGUUCGUGACAUUCAUUCGCCAAGUCCGACGCCUGAUUUAGACAUGUUAGAAGAUUCACAAGUGGCAGAUUCCAAUAUUGAUCUGAGCUUGACUCAAUCCAGACCGGCGAGACCACCUCCGGUUCGCCCCCCUCGACCGGCUCCUCCACCUAGGCCACAGCUCCCACCACCAGCCCAAGCUACCACGCUAGUUGAUGACAUUAAUCUUUUCGAAGCUUCUGUGCCAGUAGUAGUAAAACCAACUAAAGAAGCAAUACUGAGCUUAUAUGCAGCCCCUAAGAAGGAAGAAAAACCUAUUGAUUUUUUGAGUGAUGAUAUAAUAGAUUUAACGUCCAAUCCGGAACAAUCUUUAAAUAUAGUACCAACCUCAAGUGAAACUCCAAAUGAAACAGAACAUUUAUUAUUUAGUAAUUCUUCAACAAUGGUUAAAGCAUCUAUUCAAUAUACACAGUCGACUGAAUCUGAUAUGACCGUAGACGCUAUGGAUCAUCAUAAUACUAACGCCGAUAUGGAUACGUCAGAACCCACAGUUGAAACUAUUGAAAAUAUUUCUCAACCAUCACCCUUUAUAUUAACAGAGAGCAGCAUGGAAGUGAAUCAACCUUAUUCUGAGAUUGAUAAGAACCCCUUUGAUAUAACUGAAGAGGAUAUUACAACAAAUGUGGCAUCCGAUAUUUUUGGAGUUAGAGAAGUAAACGCAUCGGUUUCUCCAGUCAGCGACACAUUCCAAAAUUUACCAUCAGAAGACCGAUCUCUUCAAGAUACUCCUAUCGGUGAAGAUAGCGGACCAAUUAAAUCGACUCCUAAACAAGAUGUCGAUAAUUCAGCUAACUUUGGAUGGGGUCAGGCGGAAGAAAUGAUUCAAGAGACUUUUACCGAAUCUCAAGAUGCUUUUGAUGCGUUUGCUGCCAAAUUUGAUUCAGUGGCCGGAAACCAUUUGACCGCAGACGCUUGGGGCGACGAUGGCAGCUCUGACGCGGCGCCGGAGGGAUUCGAGUCGGAGGCGUUUGAUCCUUUCCUGCACAUGCAGGCUCCACCGGCGCCCGCUGCCACGCCACGCCUUGACCACCAAGGGUCCGCUGAUUCCGCGGAUGACACGUUUUCCGUGUUUAUAAGACCCAAAGACAGUGAAGUAGUAGUCGACGGCAGCGCAGUGCCGGCGUUAGCGCCUCCUCCGAGGCCCCAGAUAGCACCGGACUCGCCCAGAGCCAACCCCUUCGAUAAGAGUGCAAUAGACACUAUACAGCAGCAAUUCCAAGCGGAGCGACCGGAGUCCGGUCGCGGCCGCUCGGGGAGCGGCGGCGAGACGCCUCCCACGCCUCUGUUCGACGACGACGUGUCGGUCCCGCUCGAAGACUUUCCGCGCACCAUCUACGCCGGCCCGGGCUGGGAGAUGCAUCUUAGACAACCCAACAAAAAGAAAAUCACCGGACAAAGGUUCUGGAAGAAGGUGUGGGUGCGCGUGGUGGGCGCAGGCGCCGGCGAGAGCCCGGCGGUACAGGUGUUGGCGGCGGCCGGAGACCGCGAGCCUCUGCACGAGUUGCCGCUGCAGGCUUGCUACUCCGUCUCCGACAUCGCCGCGCAGCAGUUUGACCAAUUCGGCAAGAUCUUCACUGUCAAGUUACAGUACGUCUUCUACAAGGAGAGACCGGGAGUGCGACCGGGCCAAGUGACGAAGGCGGAGCGCAUCACCAACAAGUUGUCUCAAUUCGCGGCAUACGCGAUUCAAGGCGACUACCAGGGAGUCAAGGAAUUCGGCAGCGACCUGCGGAAGCUGGGCCUGCCCGUCGAGCACGCACCGCAGGUGUCGCAGUUGUUCAAAUUGGGUUCGCUCAACUACGAGCACGUCAAAGAGUUCUCUUGCUGCGUAGAAGAAGCGCUGUUCCGCAUCGCCGCUCAUCGGGACCGCGCUCUCACCUACAAGAUGGAGGAGGUGCAAGUGACGGCCGUGGACGAGCUGUACGUCGAGCAGGAGGCGGACGGCGCGGUCGUGAAGCAGAUCGCGCGAGUCAGACUGUUCUUCCUCGGCUUCCUGAGUGGUAUGCCGGACAUAGAGCUAGGCGUGAACGACAUGCGGCGACAAGGAAAGGAAGUGGUGGGGCGCCACGACAUCAUCCCCGUCGUCACGGAGGAGUGGAUCCGCGUCGAAGACCCCGAAUUUCACGCCUGCGUGCAGCCCGACGAGUUUGACAAGUGUCAGAUCAUCAAGUUCAAGCCACCCGACGCGUGCUACAUCGAGCUCAUGCGCUUUCGCGUGCGUCCUCCCAAGAACCGCGAGCUGCCCCUGCAGUUGAAGGCCGUGUGGUGCGUGACCGGCAACAAGGUGGAGCUCCGCGCGGACGUUUUGGUGCCCGGGUUCGCGUCGCGCAAGUUGGGGCAGGUGCCGUGCGAGGACGUGGCGGUGCGCUUCCCCAUCCCCGAGUGCUGGAUUUACCUGUUUCGAGUCGAGAAACAUUUCCGCUACGGCUCCGUCAAGUCGGCUCACAGACGUACCGGCAAGAUUAAGGGCAUAGAACGAUUUUUGGGUGCCGUGGAUACGCUGCAGGAGUCGCUGAUCGAGGUGACGUCGGGUCAGGCCAAGUACGAGCACCAACAUCGCGCCAUCGUGUGGCGCAUGCCUCGACUGCCCAAGGAAGGCCAGGGUGCGUACACGAGCCACAACCUCGUAUGCCGCAUGGCUCUGACGUCGUACGACCAGAUCCCGGAGCAGCUAGCGCAGUGGGCCUACGUGGAGUUCACGAUGCCGGCCACGCAAGUGUCCCACAUGACGGUGCGGUCCGUCUCGCUGCAGAAUCACGACAAUGACCCGCCCGAAAAGUACGUGCGGUACCUCGCGCGCCACGAGUAUCGCGUGGGCAUCGAGCGCACGAGCGGCACUCCGGCUGCUGCUUACUCUUUAGCCGCGGCGGCGCCCGACCCCAAGCCGGAGCCCGCCCCCGCUGCCACGCCCAUCGCGCCCGCCGCGCCGUCGUCCGACUCCGACUCGGACUAG